UAAAAUGGAAAGUAGCUUGGAGGAAAUUAAUGGAGUCCAAUCCACGGCGGGGAGGCCGCUGGAAUUCGAAUCCGUCUUUUCUUCUUGCUCCACUUUUUUCUUUUUCUUUUUCUUACAGUGCAUUAAUCUCCAGCUGGUUCUUCAAAUUGUAGAUUAAUCACUUUCGUACUUGAUGAUAAAUUCAGAAUUCUGAUCUCGUUUUCAGCAAUGGAGGAAGAAGCGCAAGUGCCGUCGUUUUUCCUCUGCCCGAUCUCUCUCCAACUCAUGAAGGAUCCGGUGACGCUCGCCACCGGCAUCACCUACGACCGCGACAGCAUCCAGAGAUGGUGGCAGUUAGCCGGCGGUCGCCACAACACCUGUCCAGUCUCGAACCUGACCUUGCCGGACUCAGCUCAACUCACCCCCAACCUCACUCUGCUCCGCCUGAUUCAAGCUUGGCUCGCCGCCGCCAACUCCUGUGAUACCGGCGAGACGCCUCUUCCGACGACCAAGAUUUCCCCCGUCGACGCCGCCCACGUCGCCGAGCUUCUUGACGACGCGGGGGAGCAUCCGCUCCCCGCCCUUCGCCGGCUGCGGAGCAUCGUCGCCGGAAGCGAGCACGGAAAGCGGUGCGUGGAGGAGGCCCCAGGGGCCGUUGACUUUCUCGCCUCCGUCAUCGUCGGCGAGGAAAAUGGGGACGGUUUUGAGCCGUCGACGGUUUGCGACGAGGCGCUCGGCAUUCUCCGCUCGAUCCAGGUGGGCGAACGAGGACUCGCCGAUCUGGUCGCACGAAAUCCGGGCAUCGUCGAGUCGUUGACGGCGACCCUGAGACGCCGACGCGAAGAUCGCAACCGAUCGCGAGACGACGCGGUGCAUCUGCUGAAUCAGAUACUCGGCGCGCUCCCGCGCCAUCGGCUGGCUUCCCUCGACGAGGAGCUCUUCCGCGAGGUGGUCCGCGCGCUUCAGGACCGAGUCUCCACGAAGGCGGCGCUGCACUUGCUCGUGUCUGCGAGCCGGAGCGGGCGGAACAGAGUAAAGGCUUCGCUCGCCGGCGCGGUCGGCGCGCUGGUGGAGAUUCUGCUGGAUGAGCCGGAGCGGCGGGCGUGCGAGCUGGCGCUGGUGGCGAUGGACCGGGCGUGCCGGUGCGCGGAAGGCCGCGCGGAGCUGCUAGCGCAUGCCGCGGGAGUGGCCGCGGUGGCGAAGAGGAUGCUGUGCGCGCGGGUGUCGGAGACGGCGAGCGAGAGGGCGGUGAGCGUGCUAUGGUCGGUGGCGCGGCACACGGCCACGCCGCGCGUGGUGCGGGAGAUGAUGCAGGUGGGGGCGGUGGGGAAGCUCUGCCUGGUGCUGCAGGCGGAGUACUCCGGCGAGAAGUCGAAGGAGAAGGCGAGGGACAUCUUGAAGUGGCACGCGGCGGCGUGGAGGAGAUCGCCUUGCCUCUCGCCUCACUUACAGAUUUCAUAUCCAAGUUUGUAGCAUGCCAAUCUUUACGACAAACAAACAGAGCGUUUGUUGUCUGACAUUAUGAUCAAAUUAAGUUGCUUUGUUUUUUUUUCCCUUGAUCGCAAUUUCGCAACAGUGCGAACAUUGUUAUAGUGAUUUCUUGAUAAAUAUUUAUCUAUCGAUAAUAAAAAAAAAAUUGAAAUUGUA